CAUUUGUGAGCGAUUCCUUAAAAUACUCCUUAUUUAUUUCAGAUGCAGGUUCGUAUUCAGCGGGACGUUCUUGCAAGAACUCGGAGCUCUUCACACUGACAUACGGAGCCCUGGUCACCCAGCUGUGCAAGGACUACGAGAAUGACGAGGACGUCAACAAGCAGCUUGACAAGAUGGGUUACAACAUAGGCGUUCGGCUCAUAGAAGACUUUCUGGCCCGCUCCAAUGUGGGAAGAUGCCACGAUUUCCGGGAAACUGCGGAUGUUAUUGCCAAGAUAGCAUUUAAAAUGUACUUGGGCAUCACUCCAAGCAUCACCAACUGGAGUCCAGGAGGAGAUGAAUUCUCCCUGAUUUUGGAGAACAACCCCUUGGUGGACUUCGUCGAGCUCCCCGACAACCACUCGACUCUCAUCUAUUCCAACCUGCUGUGCGGGGUGCUGCGGGGAGCCCUGGAGAUGGUCCAGAUGGCUGUGGAUGUCAAAUUCGUGCAAGACACCCUGAAAGGAGACAGCGUCACAGAAAUAAGAAUGAAGUUCAUCAGGCGGAUUGAAGACAAUCUCCCAGCUGGUGAAGAGUGAAUUGCAACCCGGUCUCGCCUUGGGGCUGGAGGGGACCAGCUGGCUGUUGGCUUUCAUCGCAGAUCUGUAGGGAAAUAGUGUCCCUGUACAUUGAGUGACUCACUGACUGUUCAAGACCGUUAUAUUCUUCUAGUCUUACUUCCAUCUUCCGUAGAAGACAAGUGUUUGGUUGCUGUUUAUUUCACAGGUUCCUUCUGAAGCUUUUUCAUAAGGUGAUGGCCUUUCAGGUCCUCCCCCGGAGACUCUUCCUGUGCUGUUUCUAAUUGUGAGAUUUGGUUCUGCUCAAACGCUAAAAAAGUUUCAGUCGGUUCAAAUC